AUGGAGAGGCAACUUUCAGACGCAAGUGAACAACAAGGUGAUAGUCGUCCAUUUGAUCCUACAGAUGAUAUGUUUGGAGGUAAAAAUGUUUUGCGGAUGGAAAUUCCAAUUCAGAAUAUAGAAAUAGACCAGGAGAAGGGAAAACCAAGAUUAAAUAAGAAAGAUUUCAAAUCUGAGAUUUUUGAGAAAGUGAUGGCAUUAAGAAAUUCUGGAGGUGGAGUUCUAAUUAUAAGAAAUCAGAACUAUGAUGGAGUAGAUAAAACCAAUGACCCCUUGUACAAGGACCAGUUUACUACCAUGGUGAGUGAUGGAAUGCAACAAAUGGCUACAUACAGAGGAGAGGUGGGUGAAUUCCAGAGCUGGUACCGGUCAGUUUGGAAAGGGGAUGGGAAAUGGCUGCUCUAUUAUAUUAAAGAAGGUCUACAGUUUACUUUUCCACUUGAAUCAAAAGUUUACACUGUAAAUGAGAACAACCACAGAAAAGUUGGAAUUGAAGAAAUACAAAGACGCUUGCUACAAUCAACAAAAACACCACCAAACUAUCACCCUAGUGUCACACAUGUACAUUGUGAUGAAAAACAUGGAAAAUUGAGACUGGGAAAGAAAUGUUCCUAUCUGCAUGAAUCUACAAAUAUUCAGCUCAAGUCUUUUAAUGAUAUCAAUAGUAUGUGUAAAAACAUCAGAGAGUACACAACAGCAUUUUGUCAAAACAAAAAUGGAGGGAGCAUGUGUUUUGGAAUCGAAGAGAAACAAAACUCUGAAACGAAAAAAGGUUCAACUUGCAGUAAAACUCCUGUUGUUUGUGGAGUUCAAUUCAAUAAAGAUGAUGAUGCUAUUCGUCAGGAAAUUAAGAAGACAAUGUCAGAAAAGAUGCUAUGGAUUAGACAUAAUGGAGAAAAUGCAGAUCCAGAUGAAAUAUGUCAAUAUUAUGAUGUACGAUUUCAUAAUGUAGAUCCUGAAAACAGAUCUAAAAAAGUUAUUGAGGUUUCUGUGGCAAAAUUUUAUGGAUGUGUGUUUUCUGAUGAACCCAAACCAUGUUAUCUUGAUGGAGGAGAGAUAAAAUACUACACGGUAAAGGAAUGGGUACAGAUAUUGAUGAAGGACCACCUGAAGGACUAUAAAACUACAGAAAUCCAUGCUGACUUACGACCCUUGAUAGACCAAACAGUACUCAGGAUCAAGGGAGAAAAAAAGGAGAAGUUCUUUGAAACCAAAGCUUUCCAUGAUAUUCAAGAGAAACUCAGAAAGAACAGAGUCAUAAUGAUCAAGGGUAACACAGGAGACGGCAAGACUUCAACUGCCAUUCAACUCAUGGAUUGGCUGAUCAAGGAACAGCCAUGCAGACAACCUCUUCAGCUUCAUAAUAUCAAGAAAUUAGAUAAAUUGUCUCCAGACUUGAAUCUGGUUACUUUUAUUGAUGAUAUUUUUGGAGAGGAAUAUGAGGUCCGAGAAUGGAACAAGAGAAUCAAUUAUGUUAAAACAAUUUUUGGUGAUGAACAAAGCAAGCCCAAUUUUUUGCUUGUUACUAUUCGUAAUGAAGUAUAUAAUGUUUUGCAAGAGCGGUCUUUGGGAGCACUUUUCACUGAAGAUAACAUCAUUGAUCUUAGUUCAGAUAAGUACAAUACAGCAGACGAAAGAAGAAACAUUUUAGAGUUGCAUAAACCAAAUGGGAAUUUUUCGUGGAAAGAUGAAGAAAAAGAAAAAAUUAUAAAUUCUUCACCCAAAAUUGGAUUCCCUCAGUGUUGUAAACUUUUCAAUAAUUCCAAAGAAUUGCAGAAAAGACGUGUCCAAUUUUUUGAGAACCCUGUUGAAUUUAUUGCUGAAGCAUUAUCAAGAUUAUCCGAAGGUUCUGUCAUAUUGUUUCUUUUUCUCAAUGGAGGGGAGAUAAAAGUUAAGGAUCUAGACCCAAACAGUGAUAAAAUCAACAAAACAUUGUUAGAAGAAUCAUUUGCUAUUAGUAUGAAUGAUGGUGAGGAUGACAGAACCUCAUUGACUUACAAGAAAAAAAUAGGAUUUGUAAAAGAAGGUUUAGACAGAUUACUAGGAUUUUUAGUUGUGAAGGAGAAACGUUGGUCUGGUGAUGAAGUAUACAGAUUUAAUCAUGAUUCUGUACAUGUCACAGUAGCUCUUUUGUAUUGGAACAAAACACCAGUUGGUUAUAUACAGAAUUGUCCUGUGAAAUCCCUCGAUUAUCUUACAAUCUCAGAAAAAUCCUCAAACAAGAUUGUCAUAUCAACUGAUUAUUAUACAUGUUUGGGUGAACGUAUUCUCCGAGAGUUUGAGCUUCAGACUUUUGAUGUUACUAUUGGAUCUCUAGAUGUUUGGAAGAAUCAGAUAUUUGUUGAAAGAUUUUUCAGGUUGGUAAAUGAGAGAAAUGUUGGUAAACUUAGAAAACUUGACAUGUUCAAUGAAGCAUGCUUCUAUGGUGCAGUAGAAUGUGCUUUAUAUCUUCUGAGUGAGGGAGUCAUACCUGACAAGGACCCACAAUGGUGGCCAUUGAUUUCAGGAGGAAUGUUUGGUGAUGGUAAGGGAGAUGAGGAUGCUCUUAAGAAAGUUGUUCAAUACCUGAAUGAUGAAAGAAAACUUGACUUGUUCAAUAAAGCAUGCUUGUCUGGUUCAGUAGAAUGUGCUUUAUAUCUUCUGAGUGAGGGAGUCAAACCUGACAAGGACCCAAAAUGGUGGUCAUUGAUAACAGGAGGAAUGUUUGGUGGUAAAGAGAGAGAUGUGGAUGUACUUGAGAAAGUUGUGAUAUAUCUGGAUGACAAGAGAAAACUUGACAUGUUCAAUCAAGCAUGCUUGUAUGGUGCAGUAGAAUGUGCUUUAUAUCUUCUGAGUGAGGGAGUCAUACCUGACAAGGACCCACAAUGGUGGCCAUUGAUUUCAGGAGGAAUGUUUGGUGAUGGUAAGGGAGAUGAGGAUGCUCUUAAGAAAGUUGUUCAAUACCUGAAUGAUGAAAGAAAACUUGACUUGUUCAAUAAAGCAUGCUUGUCUGGUUCAGUAGAAUGUGCUUUAUAUCUUCUGAGUGAGGGAGUCAAACCUGACAAGGACCCAAAAUGGUGGCCAUUGAUUACAGGAGGUGAUGAUAAGGGAGAUGAGGAUGUUCUUAAGAAAGUUGUUCAAUACCUGAAUGAUGAAAGAAAACUUGACUUGUUCAAUAAAGCAUGCUUGUCUGGUUCAGUAAAAUGUGCUUUAUAUCUUCUGCAUGAUGGAGUCAAACCUGACGAGGACACACAAUGGUGGCCAUUGAUUACAGGAGGAGGGUUUAGUUAUUGUAAGGGAGAUGAGGAUGUUCUUAAGAAAGUUGUUCAAUACCUGAAUGAUGAAAGAAAACUUGACUUGUUCAAUAAAGCAUGCUUGUCUGGUUCAGUAGAAUGUGCUUUAUAUCUUCUGAGUGAGGGAGUCAAACCUGACAAGGACCCACAAUGGUGGCCAUUGAUUACAGGAGGAGGGUUUAGUGAUGGUAAGGGAGAUGAGGAUGUUCUUAAGAAAGUUGUUCAAUACCUGAAUGAUGAAAGAAAACUUGACUUGUUCAAUAAAGCAUGUUUGUCUGGUUCAGUAAAAUGUGCUUUAUAUCUUCUGAGUGAGGGAGUCAAACCUGACGAGGACACACAAUGGUGGUCAUUGAUUACAGGAGGAAGGAUUAGUGAUGGUAAGGGAGAUGAGGAUGUUCUUAAGAAAGUUGUUCAAUACCUGAAUGAUGAAAGAAAACUUGACUUGUUCAAUAAAGCAUGUUUGUCUGGUUCAGUAAAAUGUGCUUUAUAUCUUCUGAGUGAGGGAGUCAAACCUGACGAGGACACACAAUGGUGGCCAUUGAUUACAGGAGGAAUGUUUGGUGAUGGUAAGGGAGAUGAGGAUGUUCUUAAGAAAGUUGUUCAAUACCUGAAUGAUGAAAGAAAACUUGACUUGUUCAAUAAAGCAUGCUUGUCUGGUUCAGUAAAAUGUGCUUUAUGUCUUCUGCAUGAUGGAGUCAAACCUGACGAGGACACACAAUGGUGGCCAUUGAUUACAGGAGGAAGGUUUGGUGAUGGUAAGGGAGAUGAGGAUGUUCUUAAGAAAGUUGUUCAAUACCUGAAUGAUGAAAGAAAACUUGACUUGUUCAAUAAAGCAUGUUUGUCUGGUUCAGUAAAAUGUGCUUUAUAUCUUCUGAGUGAGGGAGUCAAACCUGACGAGGACACACAAUGGUGGCCAUUGAUUACAGGAGGAAUGUUUGGUGAUGGUAAGGGAGAUGAGGAUGUUCUUAAGAAAGUUGUUAAAAACCUGAAUGAUGAAAGAAAACUUGACUUGUUCAAUAAAGCAUGCUUGUCUGGUUCAGUAGAAUGUGCUUUAUAUCUUCUGCGUGAUGGAGUCAAACCUGACGAGGACACACAAUGGUGGCCAUUGAUUACGGGAGGAAGGUUUAGUGAUGGUAAGGGUGAUGUGGAUGUUCUUAAGAAAGUUGUUAAAUACCUGAAUGAUGAAAGAAAACUUGACUUGUUCAAUAAAGCAUGCUUGUCUGGUUCAGUAGAAUGUGCUUUAUAUCUUCUGCGUGAUGGAGUCAAACCUACGAGGACACACAAUGGUGGCCAUUGA